AUGUCAGACUCUGCAGCUGCCAUAUUACCUGUCGGCGCCGGUUAUGGUAAGCUCACAUGCGUCGUUAUUGGCAUUGGCUUCUUCUUCGCCUUCCUAAUGAUGGGCAUCUCGUGGAUGCAGAACCGGUACACAGCAUACUCGACAAAGCAAUCGGAGGAGUUCAACACCGCAUCUCGGUCUGUAAAGCCAGGUCUCAUUGCCUCCGGCAUCGUAUCAGCUUGGACUUGGGCUGCUACAUUACUGCAGUCAAGUACUGUCGCAUACACAUAUGGAGUUGCAGGUCCUUUCUGGUACGCAGCAGGAGCCACCGUACAGAUUCUUGUGUUCUCCAUUUUGGCCUGUAAAGUCAAACAGAACGCACCACGAUGCCACACCUAUCUUGAGAUCAUCAACGCUAGAUACGGUCGCGUUGCCCAUCUGGUCUUUAUGGUCUUCGCCUUCAUCACGAACAUCCUUGUCAGUAGUCAACUUCUGCUUGGUGGCAGUGCUGUCGUCACGGCUUUGACUGGCAUGAACGUAUAUGCGGCCAUCUUCCUUAUUCCUGUUGGUGUAUGCGCGUACGUAAUUCUCGGAGGUCUGAGAGCAACAUUCCUUUGUGACUACUCGCACACUCUGAUCCUCAUGAUCAUCAUCUUGUACUUUAUGUUCCAUGCCUACGCUACAAGCGAACUCAUUGGGUCACCCAGCGCUAUGUACGAUCUACUGAAGAACGCUGCGAUAUCACGGCCCAUCGCCGGCAACCACGAGGGCUCCUACGUCACUCUGAAGUCCAACUUCGCGCUCAUCUUUGGUGUUAUUCAACUUUGUUCCGGAUCUGGGACGGUCUUCCUUGACCAAGCAUACUGGCAGCGAGCGAUUGCAUCUCAGCCCUCGACAGCUGUCAAGGCGUACAUUCUUGGUGGCAUUGCAUGGUUCGCAAUUCCCUUCGGAUUCUCGACCACGUUAGGCCUGGCUGCCGCAGCACUCACCGAUCACCCAAGCUUCCCCACGUAUCCGAACGUACCAAGUGCACACGAGAUAUCUUCUGGUCUCGCUGCUCCUUAUGUGGCUAUUGCUCUACUCGGCAAGAACGGUGCUGUUGCGUUGCUUAUUGUGUUAUUCAUGGCAGUCACAUCAAGUGCUUCAGCAGAGCUCAUCGCGACGUCAAGUCUUCUAACAUUCGACGUUUACAAAGCGUACAUUCAGCCAAAGGCCACACCGAAGCAACUCAUCUUUGUGUCGCAUAUCAUGAUCUGUUUCUUUGGAGUGAUCAUGGCGGUCUUUGCAUGCAUUUGGAAUGUUGCGACUAUCGAUCUCGGAUGGCUCUUCUUGGUGAUGGGUCUCCUGAUUGGUGGUGCUGUGUUCCCAGCCGCCUUCUCGAUUAUCUGGAAGAAGCAGACCCGCAUUGGAGCCAUCUCAGGCUGCCUUUGCGGCCUUGCAGCCGGUCUCAUCGCCUGGUUGACAACAGCGUUCCGCUAUUACGGAGAAAUCACUGUCGCUACUACUGGAACCGAAUACGCUACCUUGGCAGGCAACUUGGCCGCAAUCAUGACGGGUCUUAUCGUGACAACUGUCAUCUCGCUCAUCAAGCCGGACGACUUUGACUGGGAAAUCACCCGCGCUAUCAACGCUAUACCAGUAAACCAAGGGGUCAGACCGGAUGGCACCGAGAUACCGGAGGUAAAUGCGCCAUCUUCCUUCGAUGACAAGGAGGACAACAAGACCUCACCAUCUUCUCCAAUUGCCACGCCGUCGGAAACCGAUGCUGAAGCUCUACAUGUUUCUUCCACCGGCAUGGAAGACUCUCCUUCGUCUCUGCACAGCGCUUUCAAGCUCGCAUGCAUAUCCUCUUUAGUCUUGACUUUGGUCCUGGACUUCUUGCUCCCCAUGCCUAUGUUUUUCAGCCACUACAUCUUCAGCAAGGGAUUCUUUACAGCAUGGGUGGUGAUCAGCUUCAUAUGGGUGUUUGUGAGUAGCGCAAUUAGCUGCUUCCUACCGAUUUGGGAGACGAGGACAUUCUGGGGAGAGCUAUGGGGGAAGAUCCGGACAGGUGGCGUGAUCGAGAAGUGA